AUGAACCCGCGAUUGGCGAAAGAGGACCGGAAAUCCCCGCUCACGUUUUUCCUUUUGCUCUCGGUGACUUUGUUUCUCUGCGUGGCGGUGUUCGGACCGGACGGGCCCGUGAGGACUCGAGGAUCGAAUUCGAUCGAAUCAUCAGCCGCGCGGUUGGGGAAAGGAAAAACAUCGUCAUCCUCGGCGAAGUUUAAGACGACGAUGAGGACGAAGAAGAACGAAGUUAAAGAAGAAGAAGAAGAAGAAGAAAACAACAACAACGCGUCGGAAUCAGAAUACGCCCAAAUAAACGCGUAUUUCGCAAAGUUUGCGGUGAAACGAGACGAGGACAAAAAGAAGAAUCAUCGGAAAGCAGGAGCCGGAGGAGGAAGCAGCGGAGCGUCGUCGCUCGGAGGAAUGAAAACCAUCUCCGCGUUCGGGAGGUACUGGGACAAACAAGUACCCAUGGACAACGAAAUCAGAAAGAAUCGAGCGAAUUCGGACCGAGUGUCGGCGAUUUUAAUGCCACCGGAGUCGUCCUCGCACGCGUCGAGUUUGUUAGCGUUACCGAACGGGGACGUUUUGCUGGCGUGGUUUUCCGGGAAGAGCGAAGGCGGGGAUAACGUUGGCAUCGCGGUGAGUAAACUGAAGAAAGGGGAGACGAAGUGGAGCCAAGCGAAGUUUGUGAGCAAGGCGCAGCACCGGUCGGCGCAGAACCCGGUAUUGAUGAGGAAUAAUAAUCCAAACGAUAAGGAGGAUUCGAAGCACGUGAGGAUCGUGCACUCGAGUCAAGCCGCGUAUGAAGGACAAGGGACGUCGGAUAUGAGGUCGUUGUUUUCCACCGACGGCGGGGAGACGUGGUCGAAACCAGUGGUCGUAGACCAUAAGAACGGGGCGUUCCCGAAGAAUAGCGCGAUUCGAGCGUUGAAUGGGGAUUUGAUUUUGCCGAUGUAUUACACGCCGAGCGGAUUUUUUGACGCGUCUACGCAGUAUUCCGAGUUGCAAACCUCCAAAGACGGCGGCGAGAGUUGGCAUCCGCUGGUGGAGAUGCCCGGUACGAGAGGGAACUUGGUGCAACCGACGAUUGUGAGGUUGAAUAACAACGACUUGCUCAGUUUCUUUCGAUCGCGCACGGCUGAUUUUAUUUACGCCUCGAAAUCGACGAACGACGGUAAGACGUGGACGGAAGCGAAACCGACCAAGUUUCCGAACAACAACGCGGGGAUUCAAAUGAUCAAGCUGAGAGACUCGAGCAAAGAUGUCCUAGUGCUUGUGUUUGAUAACUGCAACGAAGGGAGGUUCCCGUUGUCUAUCGCUUUGUCCGAGGAUGGGGGUAAAUCGUGGGACCACAUUCGCGAUUUGGAACCCGACGUUGAUUUCGAUCACGAGCAACCGAACAGAGACAAACACACCAACGACGGCGACGGCGAGUAUUCCUAUCCGUCCAUCCAAGAAGACGGCAUUCACGACGGGCUCAUUCACGUCGCGUACACGUUCAGACGCGAAACGAUUAAAUAUUCCGCAUUUAUGACGGAUUGGAUUAAAGAUAACUCGGAAGAGGCAAAAUCGAUUGGGAAAGUGCAAAAGAUUGCGGACACGUUCAACGACGCCGUGUAUACGGAAAGAAUCAACGGGAAGAGAAACGAUUGGGAAUUUGACGUUGGUUCCGAUAACGACGGGAACCCGAAGACGGAAUACAUGUUACCGAACCCAGAAGAGUUGCCGCCGACGGAGUUGCCGUUAUAA